AUGGUUCUCUGCGCUCACGCGGGAAAGAUAAAAGUAGACCAAAUAGUCAUUAUGAGCUACGGAAACUCAAAUUACAAGUUGGACUGCCUUAACUCAUCAUUUUGUUCACUCUCGGCUGCUCAAGUGUUGGUUCAGUUAUGUGAAGUGAAUAACCAUACCAUACGUGCAAAUGCUGUGAAGCUGUUCUGUUGCUUGACAGAAGACGGAGAUGGCAGAACCUUCUUAGAGCACGUUGGUCAGAGAUGCAUUGAGACUUUGCUCGGGAUCAUCAAAACUUCUUGUGAUGUUGAAGAAAUUGCAGCUGCAAUGGGUAUUAUCUGCAAUCUACCUAAGAACACACAAAUGACUCAAUGGCUUCUAGAUGCCGGGGCUCUUGAAGUUAUCUUUACUUGUCUCAAUGAUGGAAAUAGAAAUGCAUCAUACAAAAGGCCAGUUGUAGAGAAUGCCACCGGAGCUCUUUGUUGUUUCACCAUCUCAACAAAUCUGGAAUGGCAGAAAAGAGCAGCUGAAGUAGGCAUUAUACCAGUACUUGUACAGUUGCUAGUUUCUGGAACAUCUUUGACAAAACAAAAUGCAGCCAUUUCACUUAAACAGUUUUCCGAAAGUUCAACUGCUUUGAGCCAGCCAGUGAGGAAGCGUGGACUUUUCUUUUGCUGCAUGGCUGCACCUCUCACCGGCUGCCCUGUCCACUUGGGAAUCUGCACAGUAGAGUCUUCCUUCUGCAUUGUAGAAGCUAAUGCUUUGCCACCGCUAGUGAGGAUGCUUGGAGAGACCAAUCUUGGUGUUAGUGAAGCUUCGUUAGAUGCACUCUUGACAUUGAUCGAUGGUGAAAGACUGCAAAGCAGUAGUAAGGUGCUAGAUGAAGCAAAUGCCAUUGCUCCAAUCAUCAAAUUAUUAUGUUCACCGUCUGCCAGUUUGCAGGAGAAGAUUUUGAAGGCUCUAGAAAGACUGUUUCAACUGGUUGAGUUGAAGCAAAAAUAUGGAAAAUCUGCCCAGGUACCGUUAGUCGAUAUUACUCAGAGGGGAAAUAGUAGUAUGAAAUCCCUGGCUGCUAAAGUACUUGUUCGGUUGAAUUUGCUCGAAGAACAAUCGUCAUUUUUUGGAUAA